CCUCGUUCGGUUGUUCUGAGCUUUUCUGGGGUGUUUUUAGUUUGUUUUUUCUUGUGCCCCGCGCUCAGAUCUCAGCGGUUGCCGCGGCUUUUGUUUCGCUUUUUUUUCUACCCAGCUUCUUCCCGCUUCGGUGCACUGUUUCUUUGGUUGGCGCUGGCUUGGAGGGGGUCGAGAUGAGUGACCGGCUGGUUAGCAGAGUGACAGUGUGCGGUUUCCAGCUCGCUGCUGCCGCUGCUUCAGGCGAGCCGCUGGUCCUUCGGCGCGAUGCCCACGGACCAGACCUGCCCGCUGAAUCUGCUGCUGCUGCUGCUGCUGCUGCUGCUGCGCGUACUGCGCCGCCAGUCACUCUGGCAACCCCGCCGACCGUCCUCGCUGCGUACCCACCGCCCUCGGAGGAUAAUCCACUCGAUGAGGUGUCGGUCGCCAUGUUCUGCUUCCCAUCGGGAUACCGGCCAUUGCUGCGAGAUGCCAAACUGCGCUCAGACCACGACGUCACCUCAGACUCGCCCCAUUUCCAUUCCUUCGUGCUGACUCAGGAGGACGGCUUGCGGAUGUACGGGUCGUGCCUCACGGUAUUUCAAGACGUUGUCGAUGUGCGCGUGCCCAAGCCUGGCAGCAGCACGGAAGAGCUCGUUCCUUCGACUGCAUCGCUUCCCACCGUCAUUUGCCUUUUGUCGCCAAACCCGUACAUUUCGUCCCAGAAAGAGUACCUAUUACAAAUCAUGGAUGUGGCCAAGCGAGGGACGGCCUUCCCUCUCGAGGCCUAUUUGUACAAUAUUAUUGUGGAUGUUCCGAAUCCCGUCCCAGGCACCUCGAUUAUCGUUAGCGCACCACGCCCGGUUGCGUUCGUGUGCCCGUCUCCCACUGAACUACCGCUGCUUGGGUUUUCAAUGCGACAGCUUUUCAGUCGGCUGUCGGUGUCGAGUGUGAUCAAAUUGCUCAAUUGCGCCAUGUUGGAACGGCGCAUCAUUGUGCGCUCCUCGGAUGUAGAGCUGCUUACCAUGACGCUCGAGUGCAUUUCUGCCCUGAUGUACCCGUUCGCGUGGCCUCACGUCUACGUGCCUGUCAUGCCUCGCCAACUGCUCCACUUUCUUGAAGCUCCGGUUCCUUACAUGAUGGGAGUCCCGGCAGACGUCCUGCCUGACGACCAGUUGCCUUCUUUUGACGAGGUGACCUUUGUUGAUCUGGAUAUGGGCGCCGUCUUUUGCCCUGACUGGCUGCCAGAGCUGCCCGAUUUCCGCAAGCUGGUCGGCGCAGUGCAACGCCUUGUUGACUCGCCGUCGUCUACCGCAGCUGCUGCUGCGCCGCCUUUGGCUCUUGCUGCGGGCGAAACAGCUGGAGCGAGCGUUUCUGCAGACGGCACGCCAGUAAAGUCCCGUCGCAGCAACAGCAAUCCUGCAUUAGAUGCGCCUCCACCUGGCAAGCCGCAGCUGCCCACGACGGACGCAACGUCAUCUGCCAACCAGCUCGUUGCUCCGUCGUCAAACCGAAGGUCUCGCUCGUUCAUUAAUGCUGAGAUGAUGUCACAGGCGUCCAACGCACUGGUAGAUCCGCAAUCAGCGGUGAGUCUGGAAUCCGGCAUGCCAAGCGGCACAUCGUCGCGUCGAAGCAGUUUUCUCUCUUUGGCGUCCCAAUCUUCGGCAGGUCUCGUCCGUGUGACGACCCCAGACUCUGGUACACUACCGUUGGCCCAAGACGCCAAAGGCACGCCCAAACGGUCGUUGCCAUUCAAGUCUGGCAGCGGGGAGGAGGACGAUUUCGCGACUUCGGCCGUUCGCUGGGCAAUCUUUGACUUUUGGGUCGUCCUCCUGCUCGAGCACGAAUCCUUCUUGAUUGGCAAGGGCAAGCGCGGCUGGCAACCGGACGACGUGAAUGAUGUCGACAAGUGCUUUGACAAGAUUGCAUUCAUUUCAGACCAAAAGCCAGACGCUGCGCCUUUCCUGUCACACUUUCUCGACACGCAGAGCUUUGCCAACUUUUUGACUGCUAAACUCUCAUUGCUGGUGCGCCAGAGACAAAUCUCUGCUUUGAUUGAGGAAAUUCGUGCAGGGAACAACCACCAGUCCCCUGACACGCCAAGUCUAGAAUCGCAGCUGCUUGCGCUACAGCGCCAACCUCGCGACGCUGGGGAACACGCGGUCGAAAUGUUCAACGAUCACUUGCAAACCAAGCGAAGCAGCUUGGGCUUUUUGCAGACCGCGUCCUUCCGCGCACAUCGGGCGGCCAGCGUCGUCGCAAGCUUUGGGGCGAAAUCCACCGACCACGUUUCCAAAUCUGUGAGCGAGACUUGGUCGACCUUGCAGCGCGUGGGAGGUCUCCUUGGAUCAGGCAUGUCGGUGCCUGCUUCGAAAGCGAGCAACAGCCAGCGAAACUCCAUUCUGCUCUCCGACCCGCCGGGGGCAACAAGCAAUGGGCUGAGCGUGGCAAGUGCCGCGGUCGAUCUCCAAUCUACCGCCUCGGCGAAUCCAACAACCGCCGCGUUGGCCUCCAGCGCGGCUGCAUCUCUCCUCGUGUUUACGGCGCGCUCGCUGGCAUCGAUCGACUUUUCGCUGCUUCCCAAAGUCCCCGAGUACGCAUCACCUUUGCAACGGUCCUUGUCCACCAACCGCAAGAAUCCUGCCACUUUGUCUUUGGCCAGUGCUCAGGCCUCGCAAGACAAGUUGCGCGGCCGCAGCUUGUCUGUGCUGCCAAAGGCAUCGACCGAAACAGAGUUUGCGGAUGCCAGCCAGUCGGCCUUUGUAGACCAUGCCAUCCGCGAGUGUGAGCAAAUUGUGCAGCGAUUAAUUGAGAUCAGCGACGAUGAGCGCGUGGCACGUCUCCAUUUGCUCCACGGGCACCUUGCUGGCUCUGGCGUCUCGUCGGCACCAGACUCCAUUCGCAGCCAAGCCAUGUCACGACUUGCUAGCAACAGUCGCUUUGCGAACGAUGUGGCUGCAAAUGUUUCCGCCCAAGAAACCGACAUGCGAAUCACCAAGCUUUGCGAAAUUAUCGAGCACGUGUGGUCCCAUGGUGUGCAGAUGAAUGAAGGCAAAUCUGCCUUCUGGAGUUACAUGUCGCAGUGUGACUUGCCCUCGGGCAGCGAAGCGGCAAAAAACCGCGAUCGUGUUUUCAAAAUCAUGCUUAAAACCGAUGUCGGAUUUGGUCGCUGCUACAUUCGGCUGGCCAUCGAGAAACGUUCGCUCCGACAUUGUUUGGAAACAUGCCUGGCCGACGUGCGAACUAUCAAACGCUUGUACAAGGAUUACGCACUGGUUCUCUCGCCAGAAUUUCUGUCACGCUUCCUCACAGCGCUGAACUUGCUGAACGGCACUGACAUUGUCGCAUUCACGUCGAAAAACUACGUCAACUGCGACACUGGCUACAGCCUGGUGCUGCACACAGCCGACAGCUUUCGCGCGGGGUCAUCGGCCAACAUUUUUGUUGGCAUGCACGGCUCCAAGUCAAGCACUCCGCGCAUCACCAUUUCGGCUUCCAAAGCCUUUCAACGUGGGCGUGCUGAUGAGUUUAUUAUUCAAGUGGCAGAUUUGGGCAUCAUCGAGGCAAUCGUGGUCGGCCACGAUAAUACUGGGUUCCACCCCGGCUGGCUGCUCGAUCGCGUGACGGUGGAACACUUGUGCACGGGGAAGAUGUACCAGUUUGAGUGCCACCGCUGGCUCGCAACGGACGAGGACGAUGGACAGAUUGUCCGAACGCUGUUUGAACGCGGUCGCGCAGCCAUCAACAAUGCGCCGCAUGUUGGGGAAGCAUCGCCGUCUUCUUCCGCGAACGCUGCGCAUGGCACACCAACGACGGUCGCCACCCCUGCCGGACCCGGCAUCGCUUCCACCCCGCAGCAAGCCUUGUCGGCAAGCGUGCCUGCAGGCCUCCUUGUCACUCCGACCAAGCGACGCGUGUCCAAUCCUCCCAUCCCUCAGCUGCUCAUCCCUCCAAGCUCUGGAAAUGUCUCGCAGUCCCCAGCUCCACCCGUUGCCGCGUCUGGAAAACUGCCCAAGCUAUUGCAGAUUCGCAAAACUGGAGGGCAUGUGCGCACACCUAGUGGCACUUUUCUGGGCAUGUUUGGCAGCUCGUCUGGCGAGCCAGUGUUUCCUGCAGCGCCGACAGCGGCAGCAGUUGCAGGCACUCCCGCUGGCUCCACGGCACAGGCUGCCUCGACCUUGCAAGUUCCCUCCACAGGCGACUCCAAUACGCAUUCCGAGCACUCUGCCCCGGCAUCCACCACCAUCAGCAGCAGCAGCAACAACAGCAACAGCAACAGUACUUCAUCACCCAUGCCAGCCCCAAUGGCGCGCUCCGGGUCGCUUCGCAAAAUGCUCGUCUUCUCCUCCAAGCCGUCGUCUGGAGCGAGCACAAGCAGCAGCAGCAGCAGCACAUUGCAGGACUCGGGCAGCCUGACGCCACUUCUGACUCCAGCCAUCCCCGAAGAGCUGAGCCUGUCACUGUCCGAAGUCAUGCGGGCGGUCGACCAAGUUUGCGGAGGCACACGCGUCAUUCGCCAGCAAAAGCGCACCUCGCGGCUGGACUCGGACUCUGCUUCUUUGUCGCCACCGUCCCCGCUCUCGCUGCCCAUCGCCGAAGACCAGCCCACCCCGUUGCCCUUGAUUUCCUCGCCUCUCGCUCCAAACCCACACAGCCGGCUACGCUCAAUUGAGCAGCUUGUGCGCAAGGACUUUGUGCGCGCGCUCCAGUCGGCUCUUUCGUGCGGCUUCAAGUCCGCUCGGCUUUUCGGCGCACCCUACACGCUGUGGAAUUUCAUUGAAAAGAUUGAGCGCGCGCCCACGACUCCGCAGCUUUCCGCCGAGGACCAGGCGUCCCGUGAGAUUGUGGCCGAGAAAAUGUUCUUUGAGGCUGUCGAGUGGAUUACUGCGAAUGCUACGGGCGAGGAAUCGGACGAGCAUCCCUUGAAGUUUGAAAUGCUAGUUUGCACGGGACUUCGACAUGGUGUUCUUGCAGCGUGGCUGCAAGUGAUGGCUGGCAGCGCCACAGCUGCCAAGUGGUUUGACAAAGUGGCCUUCUUCCGGCGUCCAGAGGCGUUCAGCUCGCUCGUCCAGCAGGCAGCAGUGAUUGAUGCUCUGCGAGUGGAUGCGCACCUUGCAGUGCCGCUGACGCUCGUGCUACCUCCAUCCUCCACCACCUCCACCCCUCAAGGAAGCAUCACCGACCUAUCAGCGUUGCCCUGAUGAAGUGGGUGUCAGUGUCAGUUUGACCUUUUUGUUGUUUUUUUUGCGAGCGAACGCGCUUCGAAACAUUACACAUUCACAAAGUUG